AUGGCCGCCUUCAAAGUUCACGACCCCACUCACCCUGUGCCCACUUACCAGGGUGUGGGGUGCUGGCGUGUGACUUGCCUGUCCUUUGCAGCCCAGCAGCUGAACUUCAUCCCCCCUGCCAUCCUUUUCCCCACCAUCAGCCCCCCGAACCCCGCGCACAACGGCCGGGUGUGCAGCACGUGGGGCGACUUCCACUACAAGACCUUCGACGGCGCCGUCUUCCGCUUCCCCGGGCUCUGCAACUACGUCCUGUCUGCGCACUGCGGCGGCGCCUACGAGGACUUCAACGUGCAGCUGCGGCGCGGCAUGGCCAACUCCAGGCCCACCAUCACCCGCGUGGUCCUCAGGAGCCAGGGGCUGGUGCUGGAGGCCUCCAACGGCUCCGUGCUCGUGGAUGGGCAGCGGGUGAAGCUGCCCUUCGCCCGUGCCGGCCUCCUGGUGGAGAAGAGCAGCAGCUACAUCAAGGUCAGCGUCCGGCUGGUGCUGACUUUCAUGUGGAACGGCGGGGACAGCGCCCUGCUGGAGCUGGAUCCCAAGUAUAUCAACCAGACAUGCGGCUUAUGCGGAGACUUCAACGGGCUCCCGGCGGCGUCUGAGUUCUACGCCCACAACGCCAGACUGACACCCCUACAGUUCGGGAACCUGCAGAAGAUGGAUGGGCCCACAGAGCAGUGCCAGGACCCCCUGCCCUCAGCAGCCGACAACUGCACAGACGAGGAGGACAUCUGCCGCCGCACCUUGCUCGGCGCCGCCUUCAGCCCGUGCCACGCACUGGUGGACCCUGAGGCCUACGUGGCCGCCUGCACCCAGGACCUGUGCCGCUGUCCCACCUGCCCUUGCGCCACCUUUGCCGAGUACUCCCGCCAGUGUGCCCACGCCGGGGGCCAGCCCCAGAACUGGAGGCGCCCGGACCUCUGUCCCGCCACCUGCCCCCUCGGCAUGCAGCACCUCGAGUGCGGCUCGCCCUGCGCCGACACCUGCUCCAACCCCGAGCGUGCCCAGCUCUGCGAGGACCACUGUGUGGACGGCUGCUUCUGCCCAGAUGGCACCGUGUGGGACGACGUUGGCCAGACGGGCUGCGUGCCCCUGGAGCAGUGCUCCUGCACCCAUGGCGGCCGCACCUACGCCCCAGGCGCCUCUUUCACCUCCAGCUGCAGUUCCUGCACCUGCUCCGGGGGUCGGUGGCAGUGCCAGGACCUCCCGUGCCCAGGCACCUGCUCCGUCCAGGGUGGGGCCCACGUGUCCACCUAUGACGAGAAGCUGUACGACCUGCACGGAGACUGCAGCUACGUCCUGUCCAAGCAAUGUGCAGACAGCAGCUUCACGGUGCUGGCCGAGCUGCGGAAGUGUGGCCUGACAGACACCGAGAACUGCCUCAAAGCCGUGACACUCAGCCUGGAUGGCGGGGACACGACCAUCCGGAUCCAGUCCAGUGGGGGAGUGUUCAUGAACAGCAUCUACACCCAGCUGCCGGUGUCCGCAGCCAACAUCACCAUCUUCAAGCCCACAUCCUUCUUCAUCGUGCUGAACACGGCCCUCGGGCUGCAGGUCCAGGUGCAGCUGGUGCCACUCAUGCAGGUCUUCCUACAGCUGCUCCCAGAGCACCGAGGCCAGAUGUGCGGCCUCUGCGGGAACUUCAACCAGAACCAGGCCGAUGACUUCCGCGCGCUCAGCGGCGUGGUGGAGGGCACCGCCGCCGCCUUCGCCAACACCUGGAAGACCCAGGCCUCCUGCCCCAAUGUCAGGAACAGCUUCGAGGACCCCUGCUCCCUCAGCGUGGAGAACGAGAACUACGCCCAGCACUGGUGCUCCCUGCUCACGCACCCCGCCAGCGUCUUCGCAGCCUGCCAUGGGGUCAUCAACCCCACGCCCUUCCACUCGAACUGCAUGUUCGACACGUGCAACUGCGAGAAGAGUGAGGACUGCAUGUGCGCGGCCCUGUCCUCCUACGUGCGCGCCUGCGCCGCCAAGGGCGUGCUGCUGGACGGCUGGAGGGACGGCGUCUGCACCAAGUACAUGAGCAACUGCCCCAAGUCCCAGCGCUAUGCCUACAUGGUGGACAGCUGCCAGCCCACCUGCCGUGCCCUGAGCCAGGCCGACGUGACCUGCGCUGUGGACUUUGUGCCCGUGGACGGCUGCACCUGCCCCCCAGGCACCUUCCUGGAUGAUGCCGGCGCCUGCGUGCCUGCCGAGGCCUGUCCCUGCUACUUCCGGGGCUCCGUGGUGGCACCCGGGGAGGUGGUGCAUGACAACGGCAUAGUCUGCUCGUGUUCCAACGGCAAAUUAAGCUGCCUGGGAGCCUCAGAGCAGAAGAGCAGAGGGUGUGUGGCCCCCAUGGUGUACCUGGAUUGCAACAAUGCCUCGGCUGGCACCCCGGGGGCUGAGUGCCUUAGGAGCUGCCACACGCUGGACGUGGACUGUUUCAGCACACACUGUGUGUCCGGCUGUGUAUGCCCCCUGGGGCUGGUGUCCGAUGGGAACGGAGGCUGCGUGGCUGAGGAGGACUGCCCCUGCCUGCACAACGACGCCACCUACCGGCCUGGGGACACCAUCAGGGUGGACUGCAACACCUGCACCUGCAAGAACCGGCGCUGGGAGUGCAGCCGGCAGCCCUGUCUGGGCACCUGUGUGGCCUACGGGGACGGCCACUUCAUCACCUUCGACGGCGAGCGGUACAGCUUCGACGGGAGCUGCGAGUACACGCUGGCCCAGGACCACUGCGGCAGCAGCACCACCAAUGGGACCUUCCGCGUCGUCACCGAGAAUGUGCCCUGUGGGACCACCGGUGUCACCUGCUCCAAAGCUAUCAAGAUCUUCCUGGAGAGCUACGAGCUGAUCCUGCACGAGGGGACCCACAAAGUGGUGCAGAGGGGACCUGGCGAGGAGCUGCCCUACAAGAUCCGACUCAUGGGCAUCUACCUGGUGGUAGAGACCCGCCACGGCCUGGUGGUGUCCUGGGACCGCAGGACCAGCGUGUUCAUCCGGCUGCGCCAGGACUACAAGGGGAGGGUCUGCGGGCUCUGCGGGAACUUCGACGACAAGGCCAUCAACGACUUCACCACGCGGGGCCAGUCCGUGGUGGGCAACGCCCUGGAGUUCGGCAACAGCUGGAAGUUCUCCCCGUCCUGCCCGGACGCACCCGUCCCCAGAGACCCCUGCACGGCCAACCCCUACCGCAAGUCGUGGGCCCAGAAGCAGUGCAGCCUCAUCAACAGUGCCACCUUCGCCGCCUGCCACCCUCAGGUCGACCCCUCCAAGUACUACGAGGCCUGCGUGAGCGACGCGUGCGCCUGCGACUCGGGCGGGGACUGCGAGUGCUUCUGCACAGCCGUGGCCGCCUACGCCCAGGCCUGCCGCGACGUGGGCGUGUGCGUGUCCUGGAGGAGCCCCGACAUCUGCCCCUUGUUCUGCGACUACUACAACCCCCACGGAGAGUGUGAGUGGCACUACGAGCCGUGCGGGGCCCCCUGCCUGAAAACUUGCCGCAACCCCAGUGGGCGCUGCCUGAUGGACCUGCCAGGCCUGGAAGGCUGCUACCCGAAGUGUCCUCCCAGCAAGCCAUUCUUCAGCGAGGAGGCGAUGAGCUGUGUGGCGCGGUGUGGCUGCUACGACGAGCAGGACAACUACUAUGAGAUUGGGACCAGCAUCCCCCCAGUGGAGAACUGCCAGCGCUGCAACUGCACCGCUGCUGGCGUCCAGUGCACACACAGCCCUGAGGCCUGCACCUGCACCUACGAGGGCAGAACCUACGGCUACAAGGAAGUCAUCUACAACACGACCGAUGGGCUGGGCGGCUGCCUGCUCGCCGUCUGCGGAGACAACGGCACCAUCACCCGCACGGCCGUGGACUGUCCGGGAACCCCAGCCACGACACCCUUCACCUUCACGACCACUGAAGCCCCCAUCCCGACCACAGGCUGGGCGCCCACCGUCUCCACUGUGUGCGUGCGCCAGCGCUGCCAGUGGUCCAGCUGGUACGACAGCAGCCGGCCCCUGCCCGGACUGGGAGGCGGAGACUUCGAGACCUUCGAGGGGCUGAGGCAGAAGGGCUACCCGGUGUGCGCGCAGCCGGUCGAGGUGGAGUGCCGCGCACAGCAGCUGCCCAGCCUGGCCCUGGCCGAGCUGGGCCAGACGGUGGAGUGCAGCCUGGCCCGGGGACUGGUGUGUCUCAACAGUGAGCAGAGCCCCCCCCUCUGCCACAACUACGAGGUGCGGGUGCUGUGCUGCGAUUACGUGCCCUGCGCCACAUCCCCAGCCCCUGCUACUCCCAGGCCCAUCCAGAGCAGCACCACCCCGGUGCCACCCCCGGCAUCCCAGCCCACCCCCACAGGGGCCACGUCCACCUUCCGGUCCACGGCGGCCUCCCCCUCACAGGCCCCAUCCAGCGGGGCCCCAGAGGCUACCAGCUGUCAGCCCCGGUGCCAGUGGACAGAGUGGUUCGAUACAGACUACCCCCAGUCCGAGGAGGCUGGCGGGGACAUGGAGACGUAUGACAGGAUCCGGAAUGCGGGAGGGGACGUGUGUGCGCAGCCGCAGGACAUCGAGUGCCGGGCAGAGAACUUCCCGGACCAGACCCCAGAGGAGCUGGGGCAGCGUGUGCACUGUGACGUCAACUUCGGCCUGGAGUGCAGGAACCAGGAGCAGCCGGGCCUGUUCAAGAUGUGCUACAACUACAGGGUCCGCAUUCUGUGCUGCAGCUACAGCCACUGCGGGCUGCCCACGACCACAGCCAACGCGGGCACCACCACCACGGUCAACGCCACGCCCACCACCAAGUUGCCAGCCACAGAGCCUGGGACCAUGCCAGGGACCACCCUGGGCAGCACCACAGCGCCUUCCUCCCUGCCGGCAGGAGCCACAUCACUGCUCCCCAGUCUCCCGAGCAGAACGUCAUCGUCCACUGUAGGAAGCCCCACGUCUGCUCCCGGCACCACUACAACCAGCGUCCCGGGCCAGGCCACGUCUGUCCAUCCGAGUCACACAACCACACAGAAGGUCAUGGAGGCGUCCUCCCAAGAGCCCACCCCUGUGUUGGUGACAGUGCAAAGAUUCACAACUCGCCCAGCAACAGGGGCCCAGGUGGGCAAGACCAGCACCGUCCCACCGGGCUCCCCAACUCCCUACCUCAAGGAGACGAGCACAGGCGGGAGAGAGACAGUGCCGGUCACCGCCGAGGCCACCACCAGCACAGGGACAACAGGCUGCCAGCCCAGGUGCGAGUGGACAGAAUGGCUGGACGUGGACUUCCCCACCUCUGGCGUCAUGGGUGGUGACAUCGAGACAUUUGAGAACAUCCGAGCGGCAGGGGGCCGGCUGUGUGAGCAGCCGCAGAAGAUCGAGUGCCGCGCGGAGAACUACCCCGAGGUGAGCAUCGACCAGAUCGGCCAGGUGCUGACCUGCAGCCUGCAGACGGGGCUCAUCUGCAGGAACAGGGACCAGAAGGGGCCGUUCAACAUGUGCUUCAACUACAAUAUCCGCGUGCUCUGCUGUGACGACUACCGCCACUGCCCCAGCACGGCACAGCCCGCACACACCCGCACAACCACCCAGCCCGAGCUCAGCACCACGCCUACCGGGGACGAGCAGGCCUCCAAGUCCACACCCGGCUCGCAAGCCACCACCACCUGGGGGGCUUCAUCCAGGAACGACGAGACAGCCUCCGUGGUGACCCCCCACAGAAAGACCACCUCCAGGUCCCCGGGCACCAGGAGCCCCUCGACCACCACGCUGCCCGCCCGCCUCUCAAAGCCCAGCACCACCACUCCCACCCAGGCCACGUCCCCCAGCCAGGGCUGUGAGCCGCAGUGCGCAUGGACAGACUGGUUCGAUGAGGACUACCCCACGCCAGGCCCCAACGGGGGAGACUUUGAGACCUUAGCAGUGCUCCGAGCCGCCGGCCACAUCUUCUGCGAGCAGCCAGAGGACAUCGAGUGUCGCUCGGAGCUGGAGCCGCAGGUGGCCCUGGAGCAGCUGGACCAGGUGGUCAUGUGCAAUGUGAGUGUGGGGCUGGUGUGUCGCAACCGCGAGCAGCCGCAGCCCCUCGGCUACUGCCACAACUACCACGUGCGCCUGCUCUGCUGUGACUACAGCCGGUGCGCCAGCUCGGCCGCCACCACCGCCACUCGCGCCACCACCCCCGCCACCACCCGCACGCCUGUGGUCCCCACCACCGGGGCCACCUCCCCCGGCCAGUCCCUGUCCCCAGAAGCAUCCCCUGGGACCACGCUCCCGCCCCCCAGCACAGAGACUGGCACAGCUCCAAAUACCGCCAAAGUGGGGCUAAGCACCAGGUCCCUCCCGCCGUCCCCCACACCCAAGGCCACAGACUCUCCAGGGAGCACCUCCUCUGGCCCUUCCACGUCUGCCUCCACGGCUUCAGGCACCCCGGGCCUGAUCCAGACAACGCCCCUGCUGACCUCAGCACCCCCUGCCGCCUCCGUGACCCCCGGCUCGGGGACCACAGCCUGUCAGCCCCGCUGCUCCUGGUCGGACUGGCUGAAUGAGAGCAACCCAGUGCCCGGGGCCACUGGCGGUGACUUUGAGACCUAUGCCAGCCUCCGCGCUGCCGGCCACGUCCUGUGCGAGCAGCCCGUGGCUCUGGAGUGCCGCGCGGCGGCUCUGCCUGACGUGCCGCUGCCAGAGCUGGGCCAGGUGGUGCAGUGCCGGCUGCAGGAUGGCCUGGUGUGCCGCAACCGUGACCAGGUCGGCCGCUUCAAGAUGUGUCUCGACUACCAGGUCCGCGUGCUCUGCUGCGACUACAGCCACUGCCCCAGCACCCCGGCCACCACCGCCAUCGCUGGCCCCAGCACCCGGCCCCACUCCCCGCUGCCCACCAGCACCUCCACACUGUCACCCAUGUCACCCAGCACCGGCCCUGCCGGGACCACCUCUGGGUGCCAACCUGCCUGCCGCUGGACCGACUGGCUGGACUCGGACCAGCCCCUGCCUGGCCGCUAUGGGGGUGACAUCGAGACGUACUAUCACAUCGAGAGCGUCCAUGGCCAGCUGUGCGCUGAGCCAGUGGCCAUCGAGUGCGAGGCUGUGCUCUUCCCGGGGGUGGAGCUCCAGCAGCUGGGCCAGGUGGUGCAGUGUGACGUGCACUACGGGCUCAUCUGCAGGAACAGCUGGCAGGUGUGGGGCCGCAACUGCCUCAACUACCACGUGCGCGUGCAGUGCUGUGAUGACUACAGCCACUGCACCAGCUCGCCCGCACCCACCGCCACCACCAGCGGGACCAGCACUGGCCAGCCCACAUCAGAGGGGCCACAUACUGGGACACCAGGCACCACCCAGACGCGACCCUCCUCCCCUGCGGCCACCCCCAGCUCAACUCCCACCCAGGCCACGUCCCCCAGCCAGGGCUGUGAGCCGCAGUGCGCAUGGACAGACUGGUUCGAUGAGGACUACCCCACGCCAGGCCCCAACGGGGGAGACUUUGAGACCUUAGCAGUGCUCCGAGCCGCCGGCCACAUCUUCUGCGAGCAGCCAGAGGACAUCGAGUGUCGCUCGGAACUGAAGCCGCAGGUGGCCCUGGAGCAGCUGGACCAGGUGGUCAUGUGCAAUGUGAGUGUGGGGCUGGUGUGUCGCAACCGCGAGCAGCCGCAGCCCCUCGGCUACUGCCACAACUACCACGUGCGCCUGCUCUGCUGUGACUACAGCCGGUGCGCCAGCUCGGCCGCCACCACCGCCACUCGCGCCACCACCCCCGCCACCACCCGCACGCCUGUGGUCCCCACCACCGGGGCCACCUCCCCUGGCCAGUCCCUGUCCCCAGAAGCAUCCCCUGGGACCACGCUCCCGCCCCCCAGCACAGAGACUGGCACAGCUCCAAAUACCGCCAAAGUGGGGCUAAGCACCAGGUCCCUCCCACCGUCCCCCACACCCAAGGCCACAGACUCUCCAGGGAGCACCUCCUCUGGCCCUUCCACGUCUGCCUCCACGGCUUCAGGCACCCCGGGCCUGAUCCAGACAACGCCCCUGCUGACCUCAGCACCCCCUGCCGCCUCCGUGACCCCCGGCUCGGGGACCACAGCCUGUCAGCCCCGCUGCUCCUGGUCGGACUGGCUGAAUGAGAGCAACCCAGUGCCCGGGGCCACUGGCGGUGACUUUGAGACCUAUGCCAGCCUCCGCGCUGCCGGCCACGUCCUGUGCGAGCAGCCCGUGGCUCUGGAGUGCCGCGCGGCGGCUCUGCCUGACGUGCCGCUGCCAGAGCUGGGCCAGGUGGUGCAGUGUGACGUGCACUACGGGCUCAUCUGCAGGAACAGCUGGCAGGUGUGGGGCCGCAACUGCCUCAACUACCACGUGCGCGUGCAGUGCUGUGAUGACUACAGCCACUGCACCAGCUCGCCCGCACCCACCGCCACCACCAGCGGGACCAGCACUGACAAGAGUCUCCUCUCCAGGGGCCACGCCAAGGGCCACACCAAGUGCCACCAAAUCAACCACAGGGACAGGAGCCUCGUCUUCAGGGGCCACACCAAGUGUCACCAAAUCAACCACGGGGACAGGAGCCUCUUCUCCAGGGGCCACGCCAAGUGCCACCAAAUCAACCACGGGGACAGGGUUACCACAAGUACCACCUUUUCCGCCACAGAAACUGAAGCAUCCACCCCCAAGGCUACUCCUUGGAUAACCAUGUCGAACACGGAAGCAGGAUCCUCUUCACCAGGACCCACCACAAGCGCCACUAAGUCCUCCACGCUGACUGGACCUUCCUCUCCAAGGGCCACACCUAGCAUCACUGAAUUCACCACACAGACAGGAGCCUCGUCCCCCAGAACCACUGAAAGGGUCUCUGUGCCAGGUCCCUCUCCCUCGUCCACAAUCCCCAGCGCAUCCACCAGACCAGCCUCUUCCCUGACCUCAACCACUUCCCCCGUGGUAACUGCCCACAUAAAGACCACCUCCAGGUUCCCAGGCACCAGGAGACCCUCGACCAGCACCCUGCCCUCACAGCCCAGCUCCACCACUCCUCCCGAGGCCACGUCCCCCAGCCAGGGCUGUGAGCCGCAGUGCGCAUGGACAGACUGGUUCGAUGAGGACUACCCCACGCCAGGCCCCAACGGGGGAGACUUUGAGACCUUAGCAGUGCUCCGAGCCGCCGGCCACAUCUUCUGCGAGCAGCCAGAGGACAUCGAGUGUCGCUCGGAACUGAAGCCGCAGGUGGCCCUGGAGCAGCUGGACCAGGUGGUCAUGUGCAAUGUGAGUGUGGGGCUGGUGUGUCGCAACCGUGAGCAGCCGCAGCCCCGGCCCUACUGCCACAACUACCACGUGCGCCUGCUCUGCUGUGACUACAGCCGGUGCGCCAGCUCGGCCGCCACCACCGCGACUCGCGCCACCACCCCUGCCACUACCCGCACGCCUGUGGUCCCCACCACCGGGGCCACCUCCUCCGGCCAGCCAGAUAUGAGCCUGUCGACCGCUCACCCCACGGCCUUCAGUCUGGAGCCCACCACCAGCCCCAGCUCUCUGGCCCCCACUUCACACUGCUUCUGUCAGGCAUUCGGACAGCUCUUCUUGCCCGGGGAUGUGGUAUACAACAAGACGGACAGAGCCGGCUGCCGCUUCUAUGCUAUCUGCAACCAGCACUGUGCCAUCGACCGCUUCCAGGACGACUGUCCCAGCCCCUCACCCCCCACACCCUCCGUCUCCACGCCUCUGCCCUCCCCGGCUCCAGGCUGCGACCUCGUCGACCCUCCCCGACAGGUGAAUGAGUCGUGGACCCUCGAGGACUGUACCGUGGCCCGCUGCGAGGGACACAACCACAUCGUCCUGCUGGAACCCACGCCUGUGGCCCCCGUGACCUGUGUGAACGGGCUCCCGCCAGUCAAAGUGGGCCACGAGGAUGAGCCAUGCGACUACCACUACGAGUGCGAGUGCUCCUGCAGUGGCUGGGGUAACUCCCACUACUCCACCUUCGACGGCACCAGCUACUCCUUCUCCGACAACUGCACUUACGUCCUGGUGCGGGAGAUCCGCCCGCAGCUCAGGAACCUCAGCGUCCUCCUCGACAACUCCUUCUGCGAGGCCUCUCCACCUGCUGCCCGCUGCCCCCGCGCGCUCCGUGUGCGGUACCAAUCCACAGAAGUCAUCCUCAGCACCACCACCAGCCCCAGCGGCCAGCGGGAGAGCCUGAUCCUGUUUGACCAGAUGCGGGUGUCCCAGAGCUUCAGCAAGAAUGGUGUGCAGGUGUCGGCCACGGUGGCCACAGCCAUGAGCCUGGUCAUCCCGGUCAUCGGCAUCAGCAUCACCUUCGACGGCCAGGCCUUCCAGAUCCAGCUGCCCUACGGCCUCUUUCACCACAACACAGAGGGCCAGUGUGGCACCUGCACCAAUAGCCAGGCAGACGACUGUCGGCGGCCAGACGGUACCAUGGCCCCCAGCUGCCGGGACAUGGCCAGCUCCUGGCUGUUCCCCGAGAGCAACAAGGAAGGGUGCUGGGCCCCGCCCAGCCCACCCCCCACUGCCAGCCCCUCACCGGCGCCAACCAUGUCCACAUCCACCCCAUGCCCCCCGGCACCCCUCUGUGAGCUGCUGCUGAGCGAGGUGUUCGCCGAGUGCCAGGACCUCAUCCCACCCGAGCCCUUCCUCAGUGCCUGCCUCAGCGACGGCUGCCAGACCAGCCACCCGGCCACACCCUGCCAGAGCCUGGAGGCCUACGCUGCACUGUGCCGGGGCCGGGGCGUGUGUAGCGACUGGAGGAAUGCCACAGGCGGGCUCUGCGACCUCACCUGCCCACCCGGGAAAGUCUAUGAGCCGUGUGGCCCUGCACAGCCGCCAACCUGUGACUCCAGGGCCCAGAGCCCCGUUAGCACAGCACUAGCAGAGGGCUGCUUCUGCCCAGAUGGCCAGACCCUGUUCAAUGCAUACACGGACGUCUGCGUGCCCCAGUGCCCCUGCGUGGGACCAGAUGGGUACCCCAAAUUCCCAGGGGAGCGGUGGGUGAGCAACUGCCAGGAGUGCGAGUGUGCAGGGAGCCCCGUAUCGGUGCGCUGCACCCCCCUGCCCUGCCCAGUCCAGGACCUGCCCCCUGAGUGUGGCCUGGCUGGCUUCGUGACUGUGACCCGACCCCGGGCAGACAAUCCCUGCUGCUCAGAGACACUGUGCGUCUGCAACAUCACCACCUGCCCGCAGAACCCUCCAGAAUGUGGGCCGCAAGAGGAACUGAUCCCCACCCAGGAGGGGGGCAACUGCUGCCCCACCUUCACCUGCCGGCCUAAGCUGUGUGAAUACAACGGCACAGUCUACGGGGUUGGUGCCACCUUCCCAGCAGUCACUCCCUGCCACACAUGCACCUGUCUGUCCACGGGCACCCAAGAGCCGACCAUACACUGUGAAAAGGAGACGUGCAUGACCACCUGCCCCCAGGGCUUCCACUACACGACUAUAGCCGGGCAGUGCUGUGGGGAGUGUCUGCAGUCAACCUGCUUCACGCCUGACGGUGGGCUAAUACAGCCCAAUGAGACCUGGGCCAACAGCCUGGACAACUGCACAGAGUACCACUGCGAGGCUGAGAACGGGCGCUUCUUACUGAUGCUGAGGCCCACAGCCUGCCCAGAUGUGUCCAGCUGCAGGGGCAUCCUGAGGAAAUCUGGGUGCUGCUAUACUUGUGAGGAAGAUGUGAAAGGUUCCUGCCAUGUCCGUACCAACAUGACAGUCCUGCAGCACGGGGACUGUGUCACUGAAGUGGCAGUCAAUGUCCCCUUCUGCGAAGGCUCCUGUCCAGGCAUGUCCAGGUACUCGCCGGACGCCCAGACCAUGCAGCACCACUGCACGUGCUGCCGGGAGCUGCGGACACACCAGCGGACAGUGACCCUGCACUGCCCGGACAGUACCACCAUCCAGCACAGCUACACCUACGUGGAUGCGUGCGACUGCGAGCAGGCCUGCGUCCCUGAGGCUGCCCCUGACAGACCGCAGCAACUCAGCUCCAGCUGGCUGGCCCGCUAG